UUAAUUUAUGACCAAACUAAACUACUACUUCUUAGCAAAUACGUAACAACUCCACCAUGAUGAACCUCUGGCCCCCCUAUAUGCAUGCAUGAAGAACAAAAACACCCUCAUAUUAUUAUUUCUCUCCUAACCCUAUAUAUGUCUCAUACAACACCCACCAUUUUCACAACACUCUUAAUCAUCAUCUAUCUCUUACAAUCUUCUCCCUCAUUGUCUUUCCUCUCAUUCUUCCUGUCUGUUUACCUCCUCAACACCGCCUCCUCGACCGCGAAAACCACCAACAAGAAGAAGAUGGCCAAGAACGGAGAGCACUACUCGACUCUUGAGGUGGAAGGUGAAAGUAGCGGCGCACGCGAUCAGGCGAAGGGGAAGACUCCAAUCAUGGAAGCGCCGUUGAUCGGAAAAGUUGUGGCUCGGGAGAACAGCAACGAUGGAGCUGGGGUGAAGAGAGGAGUUGGUGUUAUUGAUUUUGUUGUGAGAUUGAUUGCUCUUGCUACAGCUCUUGCUGCUACUGUUGUCAUGGGAACUACUGAUCAAACUCUCCCUUUCUUCACUCAGUUCUUCCAGUUUCGUGCUAGAUAUUAUGAUCUACCUACUUUCACGUAUUUCGUGAUAGCUAAUGCGAUUGUAGCAGCAUAUUUGGUCCUCUCAAUGCCAUUCUCUAUUGUGACAAUUGUUAGGCCACUUGCUGCAGGGCCAAGGCUUAUCCUAGUUAUUUUUGACACAAUCGCAUUGACGUUGACAAUCUCUGCUGCUGCUGCGGGUGCUGCUAUAGUAUCAUUGGCUCACAAAGGAAACACAAACACAAAUUGGAUUGCAAUUUGUCAACAGUUCGACAAUUUUUGCCAAAGAUCUAGUGGAGCUGUUGUAGCAUCAUUUAUCACCGCAGUUUUGUUGAUUUUAGUGGUUAUUCUCUCUACAGUAGCUCUUAAAAGCCACUAAAAAAAUUGGAAUUUGGAAUUUGGAUAGUAUGUAAUGGUUGUUUUUGCUUUUUAUUGGUGUUGUUAUUUUAGACUUGUUAGUGAGUCAGUGUAAUCACUAAUGUGAGCGAGUCAUUUGUGUUGGGAAAAGUUGUACAUUAAUGGGGGAUUUCUAAAGGUUGAAUUGUAUGCAUGAUGAUGAGUUUGUGUCAUUUCUAAUCUUGUUGUAGUAUCGUGUAAGUAAUUGAAGCUAUGUGAUUGUUUUGCCUA